AUGAAUAAAAGCUGGAAUAAAGUUUUUCAGUAUUCUGUCUUUUUACUACUAAGCUCAUUUCUAUUCUUUAAAUUGCAAUAUUUUUAUCUAUUAAAAAAUUUAUAUAAUAAAUUAAAGAGUUAUUUUAUUUACAAUCAAACUUUUAAAAAUACUUAUAUAAAAAAUAAUGUAAAAAUAUAUUUUGGGAGCCAAGGAGGAACCUCAGCGGACUUUGCAAAAGAAUUGAAGUAUAAUUUAAAUGAUAUAUUCAAUAUACAGGCUGAGAUAAUUGAUUUAGAAUUUUUUAAUAAAGAAGAAAUAAAAAAUUUUGGUAUCCGAGUAUUUAUCGUUUCGACUUAUGGAGAUGGAGAACCAACGGAUAAUGCAAUAGAAUUUUUUAAAUGGUUAAAAAGCUUAAAUAACGAUAAUACUUAUUUUAGAAAUACAAAAUAUUCUAUUAUGGGUUUGGGUAGCAGGCAGUAUUCCCAUUUUAAUAAAGUAGCGAAAAAAUUAGAUAAUUAUCUUUUAAAAUUUAAAGCAGAAAAAAUUAGUGAAACUAUUUUUGGUGACGAUGAUGAUAAUUUAUAUCAUGAUUUUGAAAUAUGGAAAAAGAAAUUUUUUAAAGAGCUUCCGAGAAUACUAAAUAUACAAGAUGUCCCUCUAAAAACAAUUAACGAAGAUAAUAUUGAAUUAGUGGAUUGGAGGGAUUUACCAGAAAUAACAUUGGAUAUUGAAUAUGAAGAAAAUGAAGAAAUGGAUAAAAAAAGUGCUCAUAAUACAUAUAUCUCUAAUUUAAUUGAAGAAAGUGAUAAUAAAAAUUGUGAAGCACUUGAAGAAUCAAAAAAUAGAAAAGAACAUAAAAACGUGUUAUAUUCUAAUACAGAUAUAACAGGAAAAUUUUACUUCCAUCAUCAUAUAGGUAAAGUUAUAUCUAAUGUGAAUUUACUAAAAAAUGUAGAUCAUUCUUCUGAUGGAGAGAAAGUGAAUCACUUAAUUAUUGGAGUCAAGGACAUUUUAUAUAAAGCAGCCGAUACUUUAGUAAUUUUACCAAAAAAUCCAAAACAUGUGGUUUCAUGGUGGCUGAAACGAUUAAAUAUAAAUGAUAAAGACAAGAAUAAAAAAUUUAUAUUUAUAGAUAAAAAUAAAUACUCAAAAAAUUAUUCAUUUUUAUGCCAAGAUAAUAUAUCUCAAAAUAAAAAUUCAAAUGGUAAUGAAAAGGAAUUAUUGAAAAAUAUGAAUGAUAAUUCAAUUCGAAUACCUUUUCCAACACCAUGCACUGUUGAAAAAGCAUUAGAAUAUUAUUGUGAUUUAACGACUAUUCCAAGAGUGAAUGUUUUGAAAAAAUUUAAGUGUUUUAUAAAAGAUAAAGAAGAAUUAAAAAUGUUUAAUUUUAUUUUAUCUAGUAAUCAAAGAAAUACAUUCUUUAAUAUUUGCAAAGAAAGUGAUAUGACUUUAAUAGAAUUUGUAGAUAUAUAUAUGUCAUCAUCUCAAUUUGAAAUUUCACCAUUUUUGCAAUUAAUUCCAAAAAAUAAUCCUAAAAAUUAUACUAUUUCUUCUUCACCCAAAGAAUCUGAAAAUACAAUAUCUUUAACUAUUAAAAAAAAACAAUAUCCUAUUCAUUCUCUUCGAAGAACAUUAAAAAAUUUAAAAAAAAAUGAUAUGCUACCAAAAAUUAGUGAACAGAAAUUAAGAGAACUUUGUGGUCGAAGGUGGUUUAAGGGAUCAUGUUCUUUUUAUUUAACAGAAGAAUUAAAUAUUCAUGAUACAAUCAUGUUUAACUUGAAACCAUCAAAAUUUAUUCUACCAGAUAAUAUGGAAUCCUCUAAUAUAAUUAUGAUUGCUACUGGAACUGGAAUUGCUCCAUUUAAAGCUUUCAUAACAGAAUUUAAACAUUUUGAUCAAAUGUUUACACAAAAUGGGUUAGUGAGAAGAGGAAAAAGAAUACUGUUUUAUGGAUGUAGAAAGAAAGAAGUAGAUUUUCUAUAUGAAAAGGAAAUUUUAGAUGCAAAGGAAAAAAAGUACAUUGAUGAAGUAUACUUUGCAUUUUCUAGAGAUCAAGAGAAAAAAAUAUAUGUCCAAGAUAUAAUUCUUGAAAAAAAGGAACUUGUAUGGAAUUUAAUACAAAAAGGAGCAUAUAUAUAUGUUUGUGGGAAUAAUGACAUGAGUAAAGAUGUAAAAAAAACAAUUAAUAAUUUACCCUUAUAUAAUAAACAUAAUGAUAAGAAAAUUACAAAAAAAUUAAAAAAAUUGGGACGUUAUAUAGAAGAAAUGUGGCAAUAA